GAUAUCAGAAAUGUUGAGUGAUGUUCACGAAGGCCUAGAGUUUCCCGGUGAAUUUGUUGACGCUGCCAUCAUCCGGGGAAAGUAUGAAUUUUACCAUUACAACGUGGAUGGUUUCGAUGAUAGAGGUUGGGGGUGUGGAUACAGGACACUGCAGACCAUUUGUUCGUGGGUGGGUCAUGUAUUAAAGAAUCAAAAGCAUCCAGUACCCAGCCUUCAAGACAUACAGCAAACUUUGGUUGAAAUGGGGGACAAACCAGAUUCUUUUGUUGGAUCAAGAGAAUGGAUUGGCUGUGUAGAGGCCUGUUUUUAUUUGGAUCAGACUUUUGGAGUUUGCAGUAAGGUCAUUCAUAUCCUACAAGGGGAAUCUGUGGAGCAGAAAGCUGCACCACUUCUUCUGAGGCAUUUUAAACAAUUUGGCUCACCUGUAAUGAUAGGUGGAGAUGUCGAUGCUUCAUCAAAGACACUGCUUGGUAUUUGCAAGACAAGCAAAGGAUUUCACCUCUUAAUUGCUGAUCCACAUUUCUAUGGAGAGGCUGUCAGAACAGAACUCCAAGACAGUGGCUGGGUUCAGUGGAAGAACCAUGAUGAUGUUUUUAAAUCAUAUUCUUUUUAUAAUUUCUGUCUUCCACAGUUAAGUUCAGGGUAAGAAUAAAGAUGUAAGAGAUACAAGACUUCUCUAUAUUUUUAUCUGUUACAAUGAACUCUUGCAAAGAGGCAUUUUUUUUUUUCAUGACAGGUAACAAAAGCCCAUAAUGCAUUUGAACCAUGAUUUUGUUAGAUUUUUAAGCCUGUUCUCCAUUAAUGUUCCUAUUUGUCAAGAGCACAAAACUUAUUUUUAGAUUAAUAAACAAACAAAUUGGGGUGAUGACACUGCGCUGAUCAAAUUUUUUUCCAGGCAAAAACAAAUGAAAGAUUGAACUUGAGCUCUUCAUCUCACGAGCUAACUGAAAGAUGCAAGAUGCGUAACAAAAUUUGAAAUUAGUUUAUUUGGACUAAGUAAUUACAGUGUAAGUUCUUUUUUGUGAAUUGUCUCUUGUGGGAAAAUGAACAUUUUGUGCAUGGUUGUCCUUGGUUUGCCAUUCUAGACAUUUAUUGGCUUUGAUAACCUUGAAAUUUGUCUUAUUAAGUUUCUCCAUAGCCCUGAUUGUGUUAAGACAAUGACCCCUGCUGGAUUACUAUUGGAAAAACAAACUGUGGUAUUGGAAAUAUUUCCCAAAGUAUUAAAAAUAUUUCAUUUUUAACUUCAUCUAUGGCUUUUCCUGAGGAUGGCCUUAUGUCUGUGUUUUUGGACUUCAGAUUGAUAGAUUUGGUUUUGAGAUCUGACUACCUGUAAUGUGGAGUGUUUUGGGCAAAAACUUCUACUUUGAUAAUGCUUGUUCUCUACCCAGAAGUAUUAAAAAAAUGACAAAUAAUGUACAUGAAAAAACUGUUAAAAAGGGUUUGAGGUAACCUGCCUUGGACUUAGGACUCUUUUGAAAACAUCUUGUCCCCUAAUGUUUUUUAAACUGCAAUGAGCUCCUUUAGUAUGAGGGAUGUGCCUUUUCUAAAUUUAUCCUCUUUUCAAGAUUUGGCUUUUUAUUUUGCAUAUGUUCAAAUGUUGCCAUGUUCUUCCCACCAUAAUCUCCCAGUUUUUUUUUUUGCUACAAAAAAGAAACAGUCCAUUUUUCACUCCUAAAUGUCAUUUAAUUAUUUUACAAACAAUUUUCAGGAAGUUAAAAAAAGUACAAAUUAAGUUGCAAUUUUCAAAACAAAAGCAGCUGGAGGUUGCAAAAUGUUUUUGUUUUUACCAGCGUAAGUAUUGCUGAGGGUUAGUAACUUAAUUUUUCCUGCAAUUUGGUUUAAAAGUAUAAGUAAAUUUUUCAAAGACAACAAAACGUGCUCGAGCAAUCUAUAGUCUUCAAAAAGUUGACAAGUGCUUGUUUUCACCAAAUUACUCUUGAAAUCAUGUUGUUACUUAUUUAAAAAUGUUUUCAUUUAUAUUAUUAAGAAAGUGAACAUUUCUCUAAAGCAAAAGUUUCAUCAAUAAGCAGUUCCAGGAUUAAUCCUCCAUCUGCUAAAAAGAUCUUUCAAAGAAGAUGAGUAGUGCCCAAACAUAGAGGGGUUUUUGUUGUUUUAGUUGUUUUUUUUUUUGUCUAAAUGAGAACUUAACUAAAGUGAAAGUAUUUUGUGGCUAUAGCUAGGUGUUCCUGUCUCUGUACCAUGAAUUUUGGUUUGGUUUGUGUUUCUUUAAUGUGACUUAGGUAUAAGUAGUUGCAAUUCUUGGUCAAUAAAAUAGAAAAAUUUGACUUACUGAUUAGCUUGUGCAAAUCUCAAAAGCUAAAAGGCAGGUUUGUGAUGUUCAUCUUGGAAGUCUUUAAACAUCCUCACUGAAUUUGACAGAGCUGUCUUUCUUAAAUCAACUGCUGAGGAUGUUCUUCAUUUAUUCCAAAAAUCACAACUGUUUCAAUUAGUGGAUACAGUGGAGUCCCAUGAUCUCAAUUCCAGGUGUUAUGAAUAGAGACAAA